CCGAGAAGUUGUCGCUGCUCUGCCUGUGGAAGCUGUUCCAAACAUGUGUAAGCGGCAACGACGCGUGUUUUAUCUGCCGCUCUUCGCCGAUAAGUAGCGAUAUAUCCCGAGCUUAACCGGAUCAUGUUAUGCGCUUAGGCUGCAUUUUCAGGUGGAAACGAACUCUUCUAGCUGCUUUCAACAUCGCAGCGAAUGCUACCAGGUGUUACUCGCACAGUCCGUCAUCGAAGAUGCCUCUCAAGUUCGCCGCCAACAUCUCGACAAUGUUCACACAGACUCCGCUGCUGACGCGCUACCGCGUAGCGCAGUCGCAUGGAUUCAGAGCCGUCGAAUGCCAGUUUCCCUACGAUGUGGGCAUCGACAACAUCCGCAGUGAGAAGGAGACCUGCGGAAUGGAGCAGGUGCUUAUCAACUCUUAUCCAGGUGACUUGCCUAAAGGCGAGUUGGGCUUUGCUGCAAAGCCAGGUCUUGAAUCAGAAUUUCUCAGCAGCUUGGAGACUUCGAUAAAGUAUGCCAAGGCCUUGGACUGCAAGAAGAUACAUAUUAUGGCAGGAAUCACUGGCACAGAGCGCAGCAGCAUUAUGGAGGAAACAUACCUCGCAAACUUGACCAAAGCAGCCGGUCUGCUUGAAAAGGAAGGAAUUGUAGGCGUCAUAGAGCCCCUGUGCAAGCAGGUUAAACCGGGAUAUUUUCUCAACAGCUAUGAACAAGCUGCACGUUAUGUCACACAGCUGAACCACAAGAACUUGCGGCUACUCCUGGAUGUAUUCCACCUUCAGAUGAGCUCUGGCGAUCUGACCAACACUAUUGCGAGUGUGUACCCACUUGUAGGUCACAUACAAGUUUCCCAGGCUCCACGCAGGGAUGAGCUUAAUGCGCCUGGUGAAAUAAAUUAUAAAUAUAUCCUCCACCUACUUGAAGAGCUCAGCUACGAUGACUGGAUAGGCCUCGAGUACACGCCAUCUGGGCAAAGUGGCGAUGGAAUUUCGUGGAUUAAAGACUAUGGCUAUAGCCUGUGAACAAUUUCAGGAAUGUGAGAGUUAAGAUAAAUAAAAUAUUUUUUGAUUAUAGAGAGCACA